AUGCCUCGUGAAAAGCAGAAAAGAGGUCGCCGCGCGCAAGAAAAGGAGAGGGAGGAAGAAACAAAGCGGAAAAGAGAAGAUGAGGAGCCCGAGGAACCAGCUGUAAAACGCCAGCGAGCAUCUCCUGAAAUCGGCAACGAAGAUUUCGUCCCGGUUGACUUUGGCGAGGACGGCGCAAUUGAGCAAACAAACGAAGGUGAUACGCCUUUCUACGGACUUUUGGAUGCUGAGGAACAAGAUUAUUUUUCGAAAGCUGCCGAAAUUCUGGAUUUGAAUCAAUUUGAAGACGCUGAGCAACGCGGUAUAUUUGUCGAGAGUGUGUUCGAAGAGGCCAAGGGCAAAGAAUUGAAAAUUGCUUGCAGUCAAUCGUGCUCUCGGUUGCUGGAGAGGCUUAUCUCAAUUUCGGAUAUCAAUCAGAUUCGACGACUUUUUGGCAAGUUUCUAGGUCACUUUCUCCAUCUCGUACAGCAUCGUUUUGCGAGUCAUUGCUGUGAGACUCUUUUCACCAAAGCCGCUCCGGCGGUCAACCACAAAGCAUCAAGCAAGGAAAAGACAAACAAUGAUGCGCAGGAUGAAGAGCAAAGCGACUUGUCUUUGGCAGACAUGUUCUUGCAGGUCGUUACAGAGCUAGAAGGCAACUGGGGCUAUCUCUUAACCGAACGAUUCGCAUCUCAUACUAUACGUGUCCUGCUCCUCGUUUUGGCCGGCGAGCCUGUUGAUAUUUCGUCGAACAAUUCCGUCAUCGCGAGCAAAAAGAAAGAAAAAAUCGGAGUGGCAUCGCGUGAUGCGCAAAAUAAUGAGAUUCCAUCCCUUAAGCAGCGCGCUGUUCCGGAGGCCUUUGUCACCACUUUGAAAAAGGUCAUGAAUGACAUGACUUCUGGACUAGACGACACUUAUUUGAGGGCUUUGGCAACACAUCAUAUCGGUAACCCGGUCUUGCAACUAUUGGUAUCCUUGGAGCUUUCGCACUUUGGAAAAUCGGUUGCGAAGGACUCGAACUCCAUCAUCCGCCGCUUAAUCCCCGAGGAUUCCCUGGAUGAGGGUACACAAUCUGCCAUUUUCUUGGGGGGGUUGUUAUACGACCCUGUUGGCUCGAGACUGGUAGAGACUAUUGUACGCAACGCGCCUGGGAAGUUGUUCAAGAACAUUCACAAGAACGUCAUUUGUGAAAGGAUGUCUUCUCUCGCACGAAAUGAGAUUGCAUCAUAUGUCCUCGUGCGUGUUUUGGAGAGAGUUGGCCGAGACGAUUUACAAGCAGACCUCGAUCUCAUAGUUCCAGAGAUCCCCAGUCUCAUUGAGAGAUCACGAGUGAUCGUUCCGAAAGUGCUUAUUGAGCGCUGCAUUGUUCGAGAUGUCGAUACCAAAUCUCUUGCGAAGGCUUUGGAAGAUUCGUUUGAUAACGACCCAGCCAUAAGACUACGCCAGCUAUUGAAGGUAGAAGAGACCGAACAGCCUACCGAGGAGAGAAAAGAAGUCGAAAAUCCGGACGAAGAACCAGAAAAGCAAAAGCAAAAGAAGCCAUCUCCCAUUCAGAUACACGGAUCUUUACUGGCACAGACGAUGCUUGGAGCCUCUGGGCCCUUAAGCGACCUUGUAUAUUCUGGUCUCUUGGCUAUACCUUCCGACGAACUUGUAGCCAUGUCGAUGAAUUCGACUACGUCUCAUGUGGUACAAAAAGCCCUAACAGCACCCACAUCAACCACCCAGUUUCGUCGCCAGCUCCUUCCGCGUUUCUGCGGUCACAUAAAAUCCCUUGCUCUGGAUAACAGCGGCUCUCAUGUGGUAGAUGUUCUUUGGGAGGCAUCCAAGGACGUCUUUUUUGUCAAGGAAAGACUCGCGCAAGAACUCGCCGAUCACGAGCCUGAACUACGUGACUCUUUCCUGGGUCGAGCAGUGUGGAGGAACUGGUCCAUGGAUCUUUACAAAAGACGACGAGGAGAAUGGAAGGUUAAAGCCAAAGCUGCCAAGGAUCAGACAGACUCUCCCAAUUCUAUUGAGCGAAAGAAACCGGUGAAAUCGAAACUUGAUCUUGCGCGAGAAAGAUUCGAUAAUGCUGAAAAGUCCGCUAGGAUUAGGGGUAACAGGACAGGCAUUGCCACAAAAUGA